UGCACGUACGCCUUCAGUGCGCACUUGACCGGCGUGGGGGAUGUACGUGCGCUGCGCAGAUCGGUACUGUCAGCAUGGCCGUCACACCCAUACGAUGUUAAAUGAUACGAUGAAGAUUAAGAGGUGUGUAUGGGAGAACGCCGAUCCAAAGGUUACACCGACAGCAAGUCCUGGGUGACUCCCAACUCAAGCUCAAGCUCAAGCUCAAACAUUGGUACCCAGCUGGUGGAGCAGCCAUGGCAGUGGACAGACACAGGGGCAAGCCACCAGUGAGGGCAAUGGUGCUGGUGUCUAACGUGAUAAUAUUGUUAGUGUGCCUUGGGGUGGUGGAAAGAGUGGUGGCCCUGAAGGAGUGUGAAGUUGAUGUAGUAGUGGUGGCAGGAGGAGAGCAACACACCUUCACUGAGGACAGUUCAAAGGCUGAAAUAUCUCAAAUAACUCUGUUUGGGAAGGUGGAGGACGGCUUUGAGGGAUUCAGCAUCAAUGUGGAGGGAAUAGGUGGCAUUGUUUACAGUGCCUGGUUCCCUGCAGACCAUGAAUGCUUCCCUGACAAGGACACUUGGUACCAGCUCCUGACAUUUACACAGAUCAAGAAGAACAACGACACUACCAUUAUGUUUGGCUUUGAGACCAGACACUGCCGCAGGGAGUGUAAGAGCGACACAGCCCCACAAAGCCUGCAGCAGCAGAGUGUGGAGGUUUACGGGGCCUCUCACUGGAGUGAAGACAUCCCCCGGGGGGAUAACUGUACUGUUAACACACCGAAAGCCAUCCGUUUCCAUGGCAAGCAUUCCACCUGCAGCAAACGCCCCACCCCCAUGUCCACGAUGAACAUAAUAGUGAUAGUGAUGGUAGUGUUGGUGGUGGUACCACUGCUCAUCCUGCUGUCCGUGGUCAUUGUGAAGUUCAUCAAGAAGAGAGCAGCGCCUUUUUCCUAGUAACGAGGAAGAGUGGAAACAUAUUGCUCAGGAUUUUGACACCAUGUGGGACUUUCCAAACUGCUUGGGAGCAGUAGAUGGGAAGCACGUGCGCAUUGUACCGCCAGCAAACAGUGGGUCAUACUUUUAUAACUAUAAGGGUAGUGACAGUCUUGUCUUGAUGGCUGUCGUCAAUGCCAAGUAUGAAUUCAUAAUGUGCGAUAUUGGAGUAAAUGGACGAAUCUCUGAUGGAGGAGUGAUCCAUGAAACCGUUUUUUAUGAGAAACUUUGCAAUGACGAUCUGCAUAUACCUACACCUGCUGUGCCCAAAAACUCGCACACUGCUCUUCCAUUUGUGUUCGUGGGAGAUGAGGCAUUUGCCUUGCGCAAAGAUUUCCUGAAGCCAUACCCUCAAAGAGAACUUACUCAUGACAGAAGAGUGUUCAACUAUAGGUUAUCACGUGCAAGGAGAGUUGUGGAAAACGUUUUUGGCAUUCUUUCAUCACGUUUUCGCAUUUACCAUUCACCAAUUAAUAUGAAAUUGGAACACAUAGAUUCUGUGGUUAUGGCUACCUGCAUUCUUCAUAAUUUUCUUCGGAAAACUACAGGGGACACGUAUUCUGUAGGUGAUGGAAAUACUGCUGACAACGAACCUCAGACCUUGCUGACAGGUUUGGAGAAAACUUACAGUAGGCGAGCUACGGAAGAAGCUCACCAAGUUCGGGACAUGUAUCAAGAGUAUUUCAACACUGUAGGUGCAUUAUCAUGGCAAGAAAGUAGAAUAUAAAGCUCCCCACCCUCUCCACUCAUAGACACGUCUAAACCAACACCUUGUUUUGAUCUGGAGUUGAUGUACACUUGAUGUGUGUUAUGAUGAGUAAAAAUAGAGCAUCGUGGUUUCACUAACCUCUUCCAUACUUGACAC